AUGACGCAAACUGCCAAUGAGGGCCGUCUGCCCACCUACGGCAAGCUUCUUUUUGAAGCCAAGACAGCCAAGGCUGUGACUUUCGAGAAGCUUGCCCAACUUACUGGCCGCACCGAGGUAGCAGUUGCUGCGCUCUUCUACGGACAAACAACAGCUACGCCCGAGGACGUUGACAAGCUUAGCGCUGCCCUCGAUAUUCCCCGCGAAGUCCUGGCGCAGCAGCUGCUGGGCUUUCCCAACCGUGGCCAGGCGGGACCCAUGCCACCCACAGAGCCCCUCAUCUACCGUCUCUACGAGAUUAUACAGAACUACGGCUAUGCCUUCAAGGCGGUCCUCAAUGAGAAGUUUGGCGACGGUAUUAUGAGUGGAGUCAAUUUUACUACCAAGGUUGAGGCAGAGGUAGAUGAGACUGGCGCCAAGUGGGCUGUUAUCACGCUGAGAGGCAAAUGGCUUGACUUUGCUCGCUUCUAA